AUGGCUCUCUUAUCCGCAGGGAAGCCUGCGUUCCCCCGCGUCGUGGCCUUCACUCCCCGCGGCGUCUCAACCCUCAACACCAAGCCCAAGUCCCAGCUCGUCCGCUCCAGCUCGACGUCUGUUCUCUCUGAGAUCAAGACCGAGUCUGCCGGGAAAGCCCCUCUUCCACCACUCGCUGCCCUCCCCACGAGCGUGCUCCUCCGCUCCCUCCUUGUCGCCACCAUCUCCUCCAAACCCUACCUUCUUCUCCCCUCCCUCAAAGCCUUAUCUUUCUUUUGCAAGCCACGCAAGGGCGCCCUCCUCAAUGUCGACCGGAACCCAAUCCUGCACGCCAUUCUCAAGGCCACCUUCUACAAGCAGUUCUGCGCCGGCGAAACACCCGAUGAAGUCCGGCGCACAGUGCAGCAGCUCAACGGCAUGGGCUUCCAAGGGACAAUCAUGACAUACGCCAAAGAAACCGUCUUCGACCACAAGACCCAGACCUCAGUCGGGUUGGGGAUUGAGAAUGAACCAGAUGCAGAAGGGGGCGUGUUCUGCCAGCAGAUCGAAGCCUGGAGAAAGGGCACCAUCGACACCAUCGACACACUCGGCGAAAACGACUACCUCGCUUUGAAACUCACCGGCGCCGGCCCAUCCGUCACAGACGCCUUCUCAAAGGGAACCCCCCCACCACAACAAAUGCUCUCCGCGCUCGACGAAAUCAGCACCAAAUGCAAAGCCCGCGGCGUGCGCAUCCUCGUCGACGCCGAAUCCCACCACUACCUCGCCGGCAUCCUAAGUGUGACACUCGACCUGAUGCGCAAGUUCAACACAGACGGCCACGCCCGCGUCUACAAUACCUACCAGGGCUAUCUCAAGUCCACGCCGGCCACAAUCGCCACGCACCUCGCCGCCGCCAGCGAAGAGGGGUUCACGCUGGGCUUGAAGCUCGUGCGUGGGGCGUACAUUGCCUCGGAUGAGAGAUCCCUUAUCCACGAUACAAAGGCCGACACGGAUACUGCGUAUAAUGGGAUUGCGCGGGGCGUGCUUCGUCAGGAACUGGGGGAGUAUGGGACCACCAAGCCGUUUCCGUCGGUGAAUCUGUUUCUCGCGAGCCAUAACAGGGAGAGUGUGAUGGGCGCGCAUGCGCUGCAUCAGCAACGGAUUAAGGAAGGGCUGCCGACUGUGCCGGUGGGGUUUGGGCAGUUGCAUGGGAUGUCGGAUGAGGUUAGUUUUGGGCUGUUGCAGUUGAAGGGUCCGGAUGGGGAUCCGAGGGUUUACAAGUGCUCGACCUGGGGGGGGUUGGGGGAGUGUCUGGCGUAUUUGCUGAGGAGGGCGAUUGAGAAUAGGGAUGCGGUGGGGAGGACGGGGGAGGAGUAUAGGGCGUUGAAGAGGGAGGUUGCGCGGAGGGUUAGGGCUUCUUUCCUGGGAUCGGCCUAG